AUGGACGAAGCAAAUCAUUAUCUGCGUUCAACGAAACCAUUGUUAUAUGAAAAGGAAAUCAUUUUAUUCUUAGAUUAUCAUGAUAAAACAUAUGGUAUUAAUAGUAGAUUUCCACCAACUAUGUAUAAUCACUAUCGAAAUCUUAAUCCUCGAACAACUAAUUAUCUUGAAGGACGUCACAAUCGAUGGAAAAAAAGAUCAACGAAACCUCAUAAUGAUAUUUACAUGUGUAUUGAUAUGUUCAAACAUGAACAAUUGUUAGCAUCAGAUGAAAGACAAAGACAUGAAGCAGGAGCAGCUCCGCCAAAAAGACGAAAAAAAACUCUCAUAGCCGAAGAAUCAUUAUCUCGUUUAUGGGAUAAAUUAGGAAAAAAUCAGAUUACUAGAGACAAAUUUUUAAAGGGUGCGGGACUUCGUUAUUUUCAAUAUAUGAAAAUUGAAUAA